ACCAGUGAAGGUCCAGGACAGAAAAGAGGAAGAAGAAGAGGUCCUGUGCCCCAGUGCUGAUACAAUAAACACCCAGAAAGACCCACAGAGGGUAAGAGAGAGAGCAUGAUAAAGCUGACUUGCACGUGCCAUGAAAUAAUGAAAUAACUCCCAUUCUAAUGGAGGAUGACAAUAACACUGUGUGGUCGAAAUGGAUGUCUGGAUUCAGCAAUGUGUUUCGGCGAAAUGGAGUGUAUCUGAGGAAUAUUUGUGCGAUCACAAUAUACUUGGAUGGUGUUUGAUGUAACUAACUAAUUUUGUCUCUUUUGAGAUGUAACUAAUAAUUUGUGAACAAGCACAAUCUCAUCACUGUAACGUCAUCUGGCACUAUGAUGUUGGCCUUUAGAAUUGCAUGGUUUGUUCUCCAAUGGUUUGUUUUGUCAUUUGUUCUUGCAGUGAUUUAAAAUAUAACAUGAUGUUGUUGAUGAAAAUGAAUCACAAGACCUAGUACUCUGUUAGUGUUAUGCAGUUUGUUGAUGUCGGUGGUGCAUGCCAACUGACUUGCUGUAACAACGCAUUUCAGUAAACCAUGUUCAAGUGAUGUCAACAUUUAUUUCUAGGCUCCGUCUCAAACUGCCAAGGAAAUACUGUUGCAGACCGGUUAUGGAAAGAUGCAAAGUGAAUUAAAGUCUACCAUGAUAAUGGAAAGUACUUUACAUGAACAAAAGGCAGUUCCAGCCUUCAGUCAAGAAACCAGAGUAUCAGGACUGGCAUCUACUAAACAGACAAAGACAGCCACAGGCUAUGAAUCUUUUAUAUCAACUCCAUUGCAGAUCAGUGAACAAGACACCUUCACUACCCAUAGAGCAGUCACACCUAAACUAAAGAGUCAGAAAUCCUCUGACUCGAGUGAAUUUACAUACAAGGUAUUUGAGCAGAAUCAAUCGGGUGAGUUAUUUUCACCGAUGUCAAGCCAAUUCCUGGUGCCUCCAGAUUACGAAGCUGUGUUUUCCGGACGCCAAUCUCUGAGAGUCUCUGAGUGUAGCCAGGUGUCUCUCACUGAUAUGAGUCCAGUUUCGCCAGUCUUCAGUGACUCUCUGUCAGAUAAGAGUCAGGUCACAACGACCACCCUGAUAGGUCUUGAGUCCGCUUCCAAGUCUGUUACACCUGGAUCCGCAGAAGCCUUUGAAUUCUCCCCAGACUUUAAGCGAGUGCUCAAUGAAUUUGAGAAAUCACUCUCUGCAUUUGGACCAGAUAUCCAAUCAGAUUCUGCCCAAGAAGACUCAGACCUGGAGUUCUUUGAUUGCAACGAUGACUUGUCAGACUUCUUAGAGCCAGAGGAUCUGGAGCCAGAGGAACCUGAAGUCCUCUACCACAUCGAAGAGCCACCUUCCCCAACCCCCUUCGGCAGCACACCGGAAACAGGCUUCCUGAAAGGGAGCCCUUUAUACAGAGCACAGUUCCUACGUGUGGAUGACCAAAAGCGCUUCUCAUCGGGUAGUGAAAGUCUUGGGGAUAAUGGCAUUUAUGACAGACCAGAAAGUGAAAGUGAAACUGUAUCCACAUGUGAAGAGCUUCCCUCCAGGUCGCGGGCAGGGUACGAUGACGAUGAGUACUCUCUGGAACGGGAGAUAAAUGAGGAGCUAGGGUUGCUGUCAUCGGAUAACUCAGAGGAAGAGGUGUUAACCUCCAGGGUGGUGCGACGCAGAGUUAUCAUCCAGGUAUCGGGCGUGGAGAGCAUGUGGAGGAGUGGGCCCUGCCAUAGUGUGCUGUGGUGCUGGGUUUAGAUGGGAGUUGAGUUUUAGCUUGUGGGUAAUUUUGUUGCUGUGCUGAACUUUGGAUAAUGCCUAUGAUAUAUAUAUUCAUAUUUAGAUUUCUGUCUCAUUGUGUCUCCGCUUUGUUUUAUACUGCACCCUCAUAUGCCAUAUCAUUUUGUUCUGUGACAGAUUGAUAAAAUAUUUGUGGUCUUAGAUAAUGGUUCAAAAUGACUGAACUGUGUUGGUUUAUUUCCCUUUUUGAGUUUGCGAUGUUUAAACCGGUUCCUCUGUGUACUUGCCUUAACUCCAGUGUGUGUUCCGGGUCUGUUAGGUCAGUGCUCUGACUGUGCAUCUACUAUGUUCUUU